AUGGCCGGCUCAGACCACUUGUUCGGCCGUGACGGUUCCUGGAUCGUUGUGGCCGGCGAAACUGAAGCCAUCACCACUCCUGCUCUCACAGCCAACUUUAUCUGCCGUGUCCUGCUCGCCACUCUCGCAAACAUCAUCUGUCUCGUCCCCCUGAAGCAUCUCUACCGCAACAGCGAGUUCGCAGCCGUCGUCUUCAUCGUCAACAUCGAGGUGACCAACCUCGACACCAUUGUCAACGCCCUGAUCUGGAGGAACGAUGACACUGACAGUUGGUGGCCCGGAUAUGGCCUCUGCGAUCUCAGCCCUUACAUUCACAACUUCAACAUUGCUCUGUUUGUCACAUGCUUGCUCGCCAUGAUGCGUAACCUCGCCCAGCAAGUCGGUCUCUUGCGAGCCAACCCCUUGACCGUCCGCGAGAAGCGUCGCCGUCACCUUGUUCAGGCACUCAUCAUCUUCCCUCUGCCCAUUAUUCAGCUUUGCUGGGUUUGGCCACUUACCGCUCAACGAUAUGUCGUCGGUACUCUGGUGGGAUGUAGUUGGGUUGCCUCGCCGUCGUGGCCUUACAUCGUCUUCUUCGUCACUGCCCCUGUGGUCAUUGCCAUCAUGACUUCUGGAUACGCAAUUCUAACCUACAUCCGUUUCCGAGAGGUCGCAAGGGCCACCCGUUCAGCUGUCAGCAGCAACCGGCUCACCACUCAGCGGGCUCAAAGAACCAAGCGCCGACUCUAUCUCAUGGUCAUCUCCAUCCUAGUCCCCUUUCUACCCAUCAUCAUCACACUCGCCGUGAUCAACUUCAUGGCUGCCUUUCCCCUCCAGCCCUUCGACUCCCAUCUCAUCCACAAUCAACCCCUCCCAAACAUGUGGUCAAACAUCAUCUUUCUGCCUUCGAAUGGCGUCCCCUUUGUCUACAUGAACAGCUGCUACAUCACCAUCCUUGCGACAAUCCCUGUCUUCAUCUUCUUUGGCACGACAAAAGAUGCCAUGAACAGCUACCGCCUCGGCCUGCUUUUCGUCGGUCUUGGCUACAUCUUUCCCAAGCUUCACGAGGAGUACGACCCUGACAGAGACGCAUACGGAAGCAGUUCCGGCAACACUCAUCUGAUGACGUCCACAGGGGCCUCGAGUUCUCCUCCACAGAGCAAGCUCAGAAGCUUUAUGUCCUCGCGACACAUUCCCAGCCUGAGCACAUCAUCGGCAGGAAGCUCUCGCCAUGCUCCCAUGCACUCAAUCGACCUCACUCUCGCGAAUCAAGACGUCGAACAAGGGCCCGAACCUGUCCAAUCUCAAGCACCACAGUCAAAUCCAUGGGAUGUUUCCUAUCCUCCUCCUACGGCCCCCUCAACCACCGCCCUCCACAGGAUAUCAGAACCCAUAACCUCUCCGACACCCAACCCCUUUCUCUUCCGCACGCGGUUCGACUUGCCCACAAUACCACUACCGUCCAUUCCCUCCUUCAGUUUCGGAAGAAAGAAGAACAGACAUCCUCAACUCGAACGAGGUUUCCCCCUUGAGUCUCUACCCUCUGUCGUCAACAACACCCAUUGGGAUACGGCCGAUCUCUCUACGGAACCCUCUCAUAUCCAGACACGCGCGUGGUCCGAUGACCAAACCAAGCUAUCUGUGUCUACACCCGAGACGAGUCUACUUGUUCCAUCGACGUCUGGACAGUCUGUCACCGUCGAGACCAUGCUAGCACAAACAUACCGACAGUAG